UUCUUGCUCUUCAGUUUCCUCAGAAACUUUCCAUCUAUUGCUUUUGUAUUCUACUUUCAGUUUGAGGAUAGAAAGUAAAGGAAACAAGAACUUGGGUCUCUUUCCAUUUAUUUUUGUUUUGCUUUUUUGGGUAUCUGACCUGGGAUUUAAUACAUAGGGAAGUAGAGAAAAGAAUGGAUGAAAGAAGUGAUACUGAUAAACUGGAAGAAAUCAUGCUUCCAGGGUUCAGGUUUCAUCCAACUGAUGAAGAGCUUGUUGGGUUUUAUCUGAAAAGAAAGAUUCAACAGCUGCCUCUCUCAAUAGAACUGAUUAAGCAACUAGAUAUCUAUAAAUAUGAUCCAUGGGAUCUUCCAAAACUGGCAACCACUGGAGAGAAAGAGUGGUAUUUCUACUGUCCUAGGGAUAGGAAAUACAGAAAUAGUGCAAGGCCUAACCGAGUGACUGGAGCAGGAUUUUGGAAAGCCACAGGAACUGACCGCCCCAUCUAUUCAUCAGAAGGCACCAAGUGCAUUGGCUUGAAGAAAUCUCUUGUUUUCUACAAAGGCAGAGCUGCCAAAGGGGUCAAAACUGACUGGAUGAUGCAUGAGUUUAGGUUACCUUCUCUCACUGACUCUGCACCACCAAAGAGAUUCCUGGAAAAAAGCCUUCCUGCCAAUGAUUCAUGGGCGAUAUGCAGGAUAUUCAAGAAAACCAACUCCACAGCUCAAAGGGCUCUUUCUAAUCCGUGGGUUUCUCCAAUAUCACCUGAAACAAUAUCUGAUAUGCCAAGUCUAGGUUCAAACAGUUCUCAACUUUCUUCAGAGAACAUGCCCUUGACAGCAAAAACCAGUUCAUCACCACACCAGUUUAACCAUAAUCCUGACCUACUACAGACAUCUACUUCUGCAUUUUCUCUUUUAGACUUUGUCUCUUACAAGCCCAUCACUCAGAUGGCUGCAUGGAAGCCUCCUCGACUUCCCAUGCCCAAUGGAGACCUAACUAGCCUCAAUUUUGCACCUCCUGGUCAAAGCUCAUCAUCUGCCAAAACCGCAGUUGAUGUUACUUCCAUGUUGCUAAACAUGUCAUCAUCUUCCAUGCUUGGAGAUUACAGCAGGGUCUCGGAUAGUGUACAUUAUGGUGGCGGAUCACAAGAUCAUUGCAAUGGCUUCUCAUUUACAUUGCCCCAUGAGAUGCAAGGGAACAUGAUCAAUAAUGGAGAUCAUGAAAAUUCCCUAUUUAAAAGCCUGAAUGUGAGUCAUGUUGAUGAUCAAUGGCCAACCAUCCGAUCCAUUGGAUUUCCCUUCAAUUUGCCUUUGCCCACGAGUAUGGGAGAUGCUUGGAAGCCAAGCAUGCCUUGGGAUUCCUCAUAUCCUAGUGAGAUGUCAACAAGUUUUUCCUCGACCAAGUGUUAUACUUGA